ACCAGCACACAGAAUGCCGGUGAAGGAGCAACAGCAGAAGAAUCUACUGCAAAAGUGAGUGAACUCUCGGCGACCACACCGUCUGCUAAUACUAAUACUGUCUCCUCUGAGUCUCCGGAUCAAACGAGUCAAAGUGGACCCAAUGAUGCUACGGAACAAUCGUCUUCUUCAAGCACGAACAGUGUAACUGAAGCAGCAACCCCCACUCCAUCUCCUCCACCCAAUCCAGAGAUCACCUCUAUUGCCUCUGCAGUGCAGAAGAACAGACCCAAUGUUGACAGCAGUGUCAGUCCUGUGUGGAUGCGCACUGCAGAACCAUUACUGAUUGUGGCUUUGUUGUUCUCUGUUACCGUGUACUGA